AUGGGACUAGAAUCAGUAGCUAAAUCGACAACUCAAAUCGUGCAAGCAUCGUCAAUGCCGGAGUUUCAAGUGACCGAAAAUUGGACAUUAUGGCACGAACGCUUCGAAAUGCAUUUAUUGGAGAUUGGCUGCGAAUCGGAUACGGUGAAAAUUUCCACGUUGUUGAAAUCAAUCGGCUCGGAAGCAUAUGGUGUUGUUCACAGCUUGUGCAGUCCAACGGUACCGGCAAAGAAAUCGUACGAUGAUUUAAUUGCCCUUCUGAAGCAACAAUACACGCCACCGAAAAUUGUGUUUCAAGAAAGAAAAAAUUUCUACGCAGCAAAAAUGGCACAAGGUGAGACUGUUGCAUCAUGGUUUGCCAGAGUGAAAAAACUUGCAAUCGACUGCAGCUUCGACGCAAAUUUGGACAAUUUCGUAGUAGACAAAUUUGUUUGCGAAUUGCCACCAAGGAUAUUUGAGAAGUUGUGCGAAGAGGAUGGCAAAUUAUCAUCAAGUGAUGCACUCAAAAAGGCUAUGCUACGUGAAACCAAACUUAACCAACAAAAUGGGGCGACCGCAUGGAGCAAUGAGGUUGACUAUGUGAAACCACGUGGUGGAGGCAACAAGCAGAAGGCACCGAAGAUCAACAACAACAACAGCAACGGGACAAAGGCAAAUAACGGGAAGUGUACACACUGUGGACGCAAAAAUCAUGCAUCGAAUCAAUGUCGUUUCAAGGACAAGGCUUGCCAUAAAUGUGGGGUUAUUGGGCAUUUAGCGAAUAUUUGCUCCAACAAGGCUAAGAAAAACAAUAAUUCCAUUCAAUAUAUUCAAAAUGAUUACAAUUAUCGUGAUGCUAAUAAUUUUUUGAAUUCCGUAUACAGCAUUAACCACGGAGAAGUUGGUGAUUUCGAUGAACGCAAGAAUCACGUGUAUUCGAUCGGGAACGGAGCGGACUUGCCGUACAGGCUAACGGUUGGCAUUAAUGGGAUUGACCACACAUGUGACUGUGAUACCGGUGCUCCGUGCUCUCUCAUGUCUAUCCAGGUCUUCAAUUCACUGUUCGAUCGAAGCAUAUUGCGACCAUGCACAGAACCAUUCACGGGCUACGGAGGUGACCAAUUAAAUAUUUUGGAUUCAUACGAUGAGAUCAUCUCGCAAAUCAAAAGUGAUUUUUCUGAAAUUUUCAAAAGUGGUUUAGGGAAAUGCAACACAACUGUUAUCAAGCUUCCAUUAAUCAAUGAUGCCACGCCAAUUUUUUGUAAGGCCAGACCCAUACCGAUGGCAUUUCGUGAGAAAAUUGAGCAACAGUUACAACAGUUAGUCGAACAAGACAUCAUCACACCUGUAAAUGACUCAGAUUGGGGUACGCCAAUUGUACCCAUUCCAAAAUCUGAUGGUGAAAUCAGAAUAUGUGGCGAUUAUAAGUCAACGAUAAAUCGAUUCCUUAAAGACUUUCGGUAUCCACUACCGCGUAUUGAGGAAAUCUUCGCUUCAAUGCAAGGAGGACAAUUGUUCACCAAACUCGAUUUAUCUGGCGCCUACAAUCAACUUGUUCUGGAUGAUGAUGCGCAAAA